GCCCGGCUGCCGCCGCCGCCAUGGAGUCGAACAGGGACGAGGCGGAGCGGUGCAUCGGGAUCGCGCUGGCCGCCGCCAAGGCCAACCAGCCUGACAAGGCCCGGCGGUUCCUGGAGAAGGCGCAGCGCUUGUACCCCUCGCCUCGGGUCCGCGUUCUGCUCGAAUCACUCAACAAGAACGAGCAAUCAGCCAAUGGCCAGUCCCAGCCCAAGGAGUCCACAAACCCUCAGUUCAAGAAAAUGGGCGGGAGCUUCCCAUCGGCCAAUGGGGAGGUUGGUGGGGAGGCCCCCAAGGGCUACACUCAGGACCAGGUGGAUGCAGUGAAGAGGGUAAAGCAAUGCAAAGAUUACUAUGAAAUUCUGGGAGUAAACAGAGAAGCUUCUGAUGAGGACCUCAAAAAGGCUUACCGGAAACUUGCACUGAAGUUUCACCCAGAUAAGAACCACGCACCAGGGGCUACAGAGGCAUUUAAAGCCAUUGGUAAUGCAUACGCAGUAUUGAGCAACCCAGAGAAGAGGAAGCAAUAUGACCAGUUUGGAGAUGAGAAACUCAACCCAGCUCGGCACGGACACAGUCACUCAGACUUCCACCGCGGGUUUGAGGCAGACAUCUCCCCUGAGGACCUCUUCAACAUGUUUUUUGGUGGAGGUUUUCCUUCUAGUAAUGUCCACGUGUACAGCAAUGGCAGGAUGCGAUAUACCUACCAUCAGAGGCAGGACAGACGAGAACAUCAGGGUGACGGUGGCCUUGGGUUGUUUGUCCAGCUGAUGCCUAUCCUCAUCCUGAUCAUUGUGUCUGCUCUCAGCCAGAUGAUGGUCUCCAGCCCACCUUACAGUUUGAGCCAUAGGCCGUCUGUGGGUCACACACACAGGAGAGUAACAGAGCACUUGAAGGUCAUCUACUAUGUAUCUGAGAACUUUGCAGAUGAAUACACGGGCACGAACCUGAAAAAUGUUGAAAAGAGCGUGGAGGAGGACUACAUUGCAAACCUUCGAAAUAACUGCUGGAAAGAGAAGCAGCAGAAGGAAGGCUUGUUGUACCGGGCACGCUACUUCGGAGACUCAGAUCUGUAUCGACGAGCACAGAGCAUGAGCACCCCCAGCUGUAGCAGACUGUCAGACGUUCAAGCCCUGCAUGGACAGUCACCGCCUGCCCGCUCAGCAGAGGUCUAAACUCUUGAAAUGCCUGAAGACUUUUGGUGAAGUGCACUGAAUCGAGGUGACAGACUUGCUAUUUCAAAGAAUCAAACCUUAUCUUAUAAAUGGAAUUGGAGAAUUAGCAACGCACAACUGCCCUCUUUCUUCUCUCUGCCUGUCUCCACCAUUCGACCUACAUCUGGGGCAGCGAUUAGGACAGGAAAUCGAGCUGCCCAUGUUCCUCCUUCCCUUCUGGCACCGCUAGCGUGCAACAGUCUCGUUGCUCCUGGGAUCCCACAACCCUGAGAACAGACACGUAGAGUGUAAAAACACUUAACUGUAGAAGCCAUGAAGCAGAAGGAGAUCCUUAGUGACCGUGCUGGUCACUGCCGACAGAGAGAGGAAUUGGACAAUUUGGUGAUAAAACUCUAAAGAAAAGAAAACCAAUAUAUAAUCUAUUUAGAAUUAAUUUAUAGCUGUAUAUAUGUUGUACUUUUAAACUAUGCAGGGGUUGGAUGAUUAAAUUAUUUUGUUUUUGCCCAGUUUGGUAAACAGGGAAGCGGGAAGUCUCUUCCCAGGGUGUCUCGUCCUGCAGCGCUUUCCAGCCUGACACAAGAAUCACUUUGCAGUUCCUGUAAUUUGCUUUCUGGAGGACAGGAGCAUUCUGCUCUUUGGGAUGUCGAUACCUGCCUUUCGGGUUUUAAUAAAAGGAAUUCCAGUGCUGUAGGGGGUAACAUAGAAAGGGGGGAUGCUGUCCAGAUUUGUGAUGUGGUUCUGCCGCAUUGGCAGAAGCUGCAGCAGGUCAGUUGAGCCCCGGCGCCGCGCUCAGUGGUGGGGAGGAUUGUCCCGGAUGGGUUUUGCUCAUCAGUCGUUGGGUUUAUUUGUGCACAGAACUUCUUUUUUUGCAGAGUCUGCUUUAAUUUUGCCUCGUAAUCAGCAUGCAGCGUUCGCUCUGUAAAGAGGGCUUUCCACGAGCUGCCUCCCUUUGUUACAGUUGUUUCUGGUCUGUCCUACACUUGGGGUUCCUCACCCACCAGCAUUCCUGUUUGCAGCUUGGCUGUGGCCUUGACACCCUAUCUCUGAUGUUUCCUAGAGGAGACCUGUAAAAUACUGCUAAUUCACAAGAAACAGAGCUUCCUAUUGCUUCUGUUGAAAGAAGUGUUGCUGGGGGAGAUCGGCACGUGCGCCAGAGCUCUCCUUGGACCCCACCUGAGCUCUGCAGCGCAUCUCUCACUCCAUCACCACUGGGCAGGACUGGCAUAAGGGCAGCGGGAGGGCACUCAAGGUUAGGAUCCAUCUCUUCAAAGCAAUGCUGGCAUGAGCUGAGCUGCCUUCCAUGGGAUAAACUGGAUUCUUGGCACUCUUCAGUUCAUUUUUGUCUAAAGAAAUUUCAGUGAGAGCCACCCCAGGACCUGCUCAGGGGAAUGAAUCAGAAGCAUGGCAGCUCCUGGGUGGGAUGGCAGGGGCUGGAAGAGGUGAGAGGUAAGGUGGUUUUGUUUCUUUGUCAUUAGGAACCCACGUGCUCUGUCUUCAGCCAUUUAUUUAUUUUGCAAAAUACUGGCCUGCCUGUUAACUGCAAGCCUUAUUAUCCCACAGGCACCAUUACUUGGACCUGAUUUUAAAGGGCUGGGGUUUCUUGGUUGUUUUGUUGGUUUCCUUAAAUUAUUCUUCUACCUUUGGUUGGAAUUGGAUGGAAGUUGGAUGGCAUUUGGAAAUAGCUUCUACUAGAGGCUCAGGCUAGCCGGCACAAAGAGAUCCUGGGGAGGGGGUUAAACAAGAAACAUGUUCACGUAAGUUGCUGAAUGUCUCACACAACAGCAUUCCUUGCCCAGAGCCUGCCCACCAAACCCUUUUGAUUAUAUUUUUCCAAGUAGAUAUCCAUGGAUAAUAACGAGCCAGAAGGCAUAGAUCCUAAUGGAUGUUCAGAGCGGCUGUAUCUCUCGAUUUAGAAUUAAUUAUACAAUUGUACAUCUAUAAAUAAAUGUUUAUAAUGUGAAA